AUGGGCGUGGAAGAAGGCGAGAAGCCGCACGCCGUGUGCCUGCCGGCACCGGCGCAAGGGCACAUCACGCCGAUGCUGGAGAUGGCCAAGCUGCUCCACGCCCGGGGCUUCCACAUCACCUUCGUCAACACCGAGUUCAACCAUCGCCGGCUGCUCCGCUCCCGCGGGGCGGCGGCACUUGACGGCCUCCCGAGCUUCCGCUUCGCCGCGAUACCGGACGGGCUCCCCGCGUCAGACGCCGACGCCACCCAGGACGUCCCCGCCCUGUGCUACGCCAUGAUGACCACCUUUCUCCCCCACCUCCGGGCCCUUCUUGCCAAGCUCAAUGACCCGGGCUCCGGGGUGCCGCCGAUCACCUGCCUCGUCGUCGACGGUGUCGCAUCGUUCAGCUACGAUGCCGCGCAGGAGCUCGGCGUGCCUUGCGCCGCGUUGUGGACGUCCAGCGCUUGCGGGUUCAUGGGUUACCGCCACUUCCGUCGGCUAAUCGACCGGGAUCUUGUGCCUUUCAAAGACGAGGAGCAGCUGACGGACAAUGGGCAUCUCGACACGGCGGUCGACGGCAUGAGCGGCAUGUGCCAUGGCAUACGGCUGCGCGACUUCCCGACGAUGAUCCGCACCACCGACCGCGACGACAUCAUGCUCAACUACGUCAUGCGCGAGGCCGAGAGGCUGUCGCUCCCCGACGCCGUGCUGCUCAACACCUUCGACGCACUCGAGCAGCCGGUUCUCGACGCCAUGCACGCCAUCCUCCCGCCCAUGUACACCGUCGGCCCGCUGCAUCUCCACGCCAGCAGCGUCGUCCCCACCGGCACCCCGCUCGACGGCCUCGGCUCCAACCUCUGGAAGGAGCAGGACGGCCUCCUCGCGUGGCUCGACGGGCACGGCGCCGGAGCCGUCGUGUACGUCAACUACGGAAGCGUCGCCGUGAUGACGAACGAGCAGCUCCUGGAGCUCGGGUGGGGGCUGGCCGACAGCGGCUACGCGUUCAUAUGGAACGUCCGGCCGGACGCCCGGACCUCGUCAGGGGAGAGACCGCCGUGA